AUGCCUCUCGACAUCAAGUUCCACCUCUUCCACACCCUGCCACCGGAGAUCCAGGACAGCAUCUGGGAGCUUUGCCUCCCACGGCGCAUCAUCAGCCCGCGCGCACGUGCCACGGUUCUGAGAUGCGGCCAGUACACCCCAGUUCGGGUCGAAGAGAGGGACGGUUCCAAGUCUGAUGGAUGGGUCUGGCUUGAGAAGAAGUCAGAUUGGGUCUAUUUCAAUUAUCACACCAUGAUGGAGGGUCUUGACGACAGUGGUGCAGGACCACAGGUCUUUGAGCUUGCUCGCGAUGCUGGUGUUCCUCUUCUCAUCGACAGCACCAUUCAAGGCGAUCACGAAAAUCCGCUGCAUGACAGCGAAGACUACUUCGAUCCAUCCUAUAACGAACUAGACCACGAGACGAUAGGAUCCAGGCUCUACGAUUCCUUUCUGAGGAUAAGGGAGCAUUUCUACUACGUCAUGGCAGAAGUCGUCUUGGUUGUGACCGGGAAGGGCCGCAAGCAUGUUGUCGACACCGGCCUUUUCGGCCUGCUUGGGGAAGAUAUGGCGAUUGUCCCUAUUGCCGACAAAGAAAUGUGA